GACACCUAUGUUGCCGAUCCUGAGGACCUGAUCGACCAGCACGUCGCUUACUUCCUGCGCAAGAACCCCGAGGUACGGGGCAAUCACAGCAUCCGCCGGCGAACGGUGGGUUCGUACGACAUGGACGGCCGCGAGGUGCAGAUCGAGUGGCAGUAUGCGACGGAGCCGGGCGGCAAGGGCUUCCUCGUGGUGGUCGAUGGCCCACUGCGCCAACCCUUCAGCGACUACAUGAAGAAUACCGAGGAGAAUGCCACGUACGAUGGCCAGGAUCUCAACACCAGCAACCUGCACAUGAUCGCACGGGAUCGGCGUAUCUCCUUCAACGAUACCCACAAGGUGUACAACCGCCUUGAGGCCAUGAAAGUCGCGAAGGAGCAGGCACUGGUUCGUGAAAAGGCUGCGGGCUACGUCAAG